UAGGUUUUAGUGGGGAACCCAAGGAUUUGGGGGGUACUUCUGGGUUUUGUAAGAACAUUGAAGGUAUAGUGGCCCUCUGUGGGAUUUUGGGGGACGUCUGAGGAACUUUGGGGUCGCCCCUGAAGUCUGUGGGGCAUCUCAACACCACGGGGGCACCUCAGGUGUUUGUAAAGACGCUUCUGGUGGCUGUGAGAGCUGCGGGGGCCCUUUGGGGUGCGAGCGCCCCAGGCCCGCCCCGCCCCAGGGGCGGCCCCAGCGCGAAGCCGGAAGGGCCGAGGCGGCCUGAAGGGGUGGGGCCCGUGGGCCCCAGGACUGGGCGGCCGGCCUGCGCGGGCCGCGCGGGACGGGCAGCGCUGCUUCCCAACGCCCGCCAAGGCGGGGCCGCCCCGCGCCCCUCGCGGUCAUGGCGUGGCCGCACGGCCUGGGCCGCAUCCCCGAACUGCAACUGGCGGCCUUCCCGGCGGCGGCGGCGGCAGCCGAGGACGAGGCAUUCCUGCCCGAGCCCCCGGCCCCGCGCGCACCCCGCCGCCCGCGGUCGCCGCCCUCCUCGCCCGUCUUCUUCGCCAGCCCGUCCCCGACUCUCCGCAGGCGCCUUCGGCUUCUCCGCAGCUUCCAGGACUUUGGCCGCCAGGCGUGUGCCGGGCUGAGAUAAAAAUCAUCCUUGCCCGGCAGGUUGCCGUGGAGACAGCCGGCAGGGCAUGCAGUAAGCGCUCAAUAAACACUCCAUCCCUCCCACUUCCUGUGCAGACUUGAGGCUGCGGUCAGGCCCUGCGGGGGU